CCCACCCAGCAUGCUUUGCGCCAGCCAAGGGGAAAAUGGCGGCCGCCACCAGCACCAGGAGGAGGAGGUGAGGCUGCUACGGUGGAGAGUGACGGGCGCCGGCGAGGGACGAAAAGAUGUUGCCGUUACGCUCGGCCGCCAGGCGGCUGCGGUGCUGGCCGUUGCUCUACGAGCAGCGCCGUGCCAGGAAUAGCCUUUACGGGCCGAGGAAACCUCGGGGCCCCCUUCCUCGCACGCCCAUGACGAUUAGGGGGCCGGCCCCCGGCGAGCCCUUACCGUGGUACUUACGGAAGGCCCCGCCGGUGCGGGAGCAGCUGCCGGAGCUGAACACAGUGACGUACAAAGAGAAGCUGUACCCCGUCCCUUGGUUGGCCGCCCCGGUUUUUCCGAAGUGGGAGCGGGGAUGGCACCACCCGUACCAAGACCCGUCCCCUCCCAUGGAGGAGAUGCCUGGCUACAAGGAGCGGCCUUGCUUCAUGUUCCACAAGAGCACCCGGGUACAGGAAGGUGUGAAGCAAGCAUUGUGGCUGACCAAGACAAAGCUAAUACAAGGCUUACCUCCUCAAAUACUUAACAUAAUGAAUGACCCAGCUCAUCAGCUGGAGGACCAGGAUGAGAGAGUCCAAAAUGCAAUCUCUCAUGCAUUUUUUCGCCUUAGCACUGAGGAAGAGAUACCAAAAGAAAGUUCUUGCCUCAUCCUUCUGGAAGACUUGCUUCAUUUGUGCAGAAUGAUGACAGCCAAAUAUCCGAAAUUAUCUAAAAGAAUGAUUGCUGAAGACUACAGAUUGUCAGCUGCAUGGCAACGAGAAUCCAUUCUUCUUCAAGUACGUGGUCUUAAUGGGAAGCUUCUGAAUGUAAAAAGUCCCCUGCCACCUAUAGCUUCCAGCGAGGAGAUCCUUGCCACUGAAAACCACACUUUAGAAACCUUCUAUCCCAUUGCACCUACAAUGGACCUUCAGGAAACGAAUGUAUAUGAGAUAAAAAAUGACACAGGUUUUCGGAGAGAUUAUCCGUAUCAUCCUCACACCGUAUACUUUGUUGCAUAUGAUAAAUACAUAAUGAAACCAGAAUAUAUGCGGGCAAAAAUGAUAAUGUUUGCUUUUGGAAAUGCUUUGGCCAAGGCUAAGGAGCUAUAUGGAAAUGAACCUAGAAUCUUGGAUAACCCCAUUGUUGUACAAAGUAUCGGUACAGAUGGACAUUGGUUUCAGUUUUUGGUGUUCCAGCUGAAUACAACAGAUCUAGAUUCUAGUGAUGGUGUUAAAAACCUGGCCUGGGUGGAUGCAGAUCAGCUGCUGUAUGAGGAUGCCAGGAGAUAUCCAGUAAUCAAGAAGAAGAUUGUUGAGAUUCCAGCUGGAAUACAUGGCUAUCAGCCAGACACAUUCAAGAAGUUCCUGGCAUUCUACUUGCAUGGUGCUGUGUGAACAGCCCUCUGGAGGGGCCCACGUUUAACCUGCCUGUGCCACAUUUCUUCUUGUAAAACAAUACUUAGCAGUAUGGUCAAAAACUGGAGGCUAUUCAAUAUUUCUGAAUAAAGGAGAUUUUUUUUAAAGCACA